AUGGAGCGCUCAGGGAAGAUCUUCUUCUACGAGGACAAGAACUUUCAGGGUCGCUACUACGAAUGCAGCAGUGACUGUGCCGAGCUCAGCUCCCACUUCAGCCACUGUAACUCCAUCAGGGUUGAGAGUGGGGCCUGGGUCAUCUAUGAGAGACCCCAGUUCAUGGGUUACCAGUACGUCCUCAUGAGGGGUGAAUACCCCAACUACCAGAGCUGGAACGGCUUCAAUGACACCAUCCGCUCCUGUCGCCUUGUUCGAUAUCCUUCCAGCAGGCACAGGAUCCGCAUCUAUGAACGUCCGGACUUCAGCGGCCAGAUGAUAGAGUUCAGCGAAGACCUGCCCAAUCUGAUGGACCGCUGGCGCUACCGGGACGUCCACUCGGCGCAAGUCCAGGAUGGCGUCUGGGUCUUCUAUGAGCAUCCGAACUACAGGGGGCGCCAGUACCUGCUGGAAAAGGGCGAGUACAGGCGACACGCAGAGUGGGGGGCUCUCCAUCCAUCUCUGGGCUCCAUUAGACGCGUUGUGGACUUUUAGACGCCGCACCUUACUCAGUACUCAUCCUCUUCCACUCGACCUCACCUGCAAAUAAAAGCACACACUGCAGCAGAA